GAAAAGAAAAAAACUUUUUUGUAUCGAAGGAAUCAACAGCCGCCAUCUUGUUGUGGCUCGGAAUCGGGAUUUCGGUCCAACACUGGGUUUAAUGUUGAAAUCGAGCAUGCUUUCCGCGGUAUGACAGCAUCCUCCCCCCGAAAAUGAAAUCUUAACAUCGACUCGGAGACAUUUUGUGCAGAAAAAAAGGAGAAAUUGGAUCGGUGGUCGUCGGACAGAAACGCUCGGUAUAUCCGAUUUCCCCUUCAGAGUGCGGCGAUUGAGCCCUGUCGCCGUUCGGGAGCAGCAUUGUUUACCGUUCGCAAGCUGGCAUCGGACCUUGGCUUUCGAAGUGAAUUGCAAAAUCCGCCCAUUUUUGUGCACCCGUGCAUUUUUGUGGAGCGUCUAUCUUUUUUUUUUUUUGCAUGAAGAAAUUUUGACGUCACGCAAAAUGGGUACUUUUAACAUUUAGAAUUUACGACCUUUUCAUCGGAAUGCAGCAGUUCACCUGAAUUCAUUAGAUUGACGUCUUCAAGUUCGAUCUUUUCAUGGGGAAUCUUUUAAUUGGGGUUAUUUAAUGCUAAUAAUGUGGGUGUUGGGUGUUGGAUUAUCAUGGGGUGAAUGGCGGUGGCGGAGCGGGGCGCUAUUGCAUCUCUUUUGAAGACACAGCACGGAGGAGCUAACUAACGCUAGCUUUUAACUUAGCUGAUAGCUGGCGUCCAAGCUAGCUGUUAGUCGGUUAGCUAACGUUAGCAGGCUGUCACCUCGCUAAUGUGCUAGCCGGGAAGCUUUGGGCUUGAGCGAUCAACGAGCCUGUCACACAAUAAUUGCGGUUCUCGUCGAAACUGACCAGUGGGAGAAGGUAACCAUGGCUGAAAACCUGCUGGACGUCGGACCUCCGAGCUCCAAGCGGCCGAAACUGAGUUCACCUGCCCUAUCGGCGUCUGAUGGACCAGAUCUUGGAUCACUGUCUUGGGACGAUCUCGAAAAUGACCUUCCAGAUGAGUUAAUCCCCAAUGGUGGAGACUUGAGCCUUAUGGGUGGGAUGCCUACAAACGGUGGAAGCGCACCUGGCUCUGGUGGGCCUGGCGGCACUAGUACGGUCCCAGAUGCAGCUGCAAAACACAAGCAACUCUCCGAGCUUCUACGAGCUGGUAGCACCUCCACGAUGACGGGUGUAGGAUUGAGCUCCGGUAGCCCUCAACCUGGAAGCAUGGGGCCGCAGCUUGGCACACCUUUGGGUAAGAGCCCCCUUGGCCAAGGUUCUCCCAACAAUCACCCAUCGCCUCAAGCCCAGAAAGCAGGAACACCAACCGGAGUAGCAGGGCAGAACAACAAUGCUUCAACAAUGAGUCUGAACAGCCCAGGCUUCAAUCAGGCCUUGAUGAAUAAUAGCCAGGGUCAUUCCGGGCUGUUGACGCAGAGUGGGCAGCCCCAACCUGGGCAGGUCAUGAAUGGGGGACUUGGGCCUGGUGCUGGAAGAGGGCGAGGAGCAGGGGUGGUUGGCAUGCAGUACCAGGGACAAUCCAUGCAAGGAGCUGCAUCGGGAGCAAGCAGUGCUUUGGCAGACACUCUUACCCAGGGAGCAGGACAGCAGAUGGCUGCACAUGCUACACUUAAUGCAGCACAGCAAGCAAGCAACAUGAAUAAGAUUGGCCUGGGUAGCAAUGGGGGUCCAUUUGUGGCUCAGUCCUAUGGACAGGCUGCUGCAGGCCCUGGCCCUCAGCUCAACCCUCAGCAGCAGCUCCAGAACAAGUCGGCCCUUGCCAACAAUCUACCACCUUUCCCAAAUGAACUCAAGGGGGCAGCUGUCAACAGUGUGCCAAACAUGCAGCCACAGCUACAGGCAGCCAUGUUGCCACUGGCCGGCGGCGGAGGUGUGGCAGUGCCUUCAGCGGGCCCAACAGCCGACCCAGAGAAGCGCAAGCUGAUCCAGCAGCAGCUGGUCCUGCUGCUCCAUGCACACAAGUGCCAGCGGAGGGAGCAGGCCAAUGGGGAGGUGCGGGCCUGUGCCCUACCUCACUGUCGCACCAUGAAGAACGUCCUCAACCACAUGACCCACUGCCAAGCUGGGAAGUCAUGCCAGGUGGCUCACUGUGCAUCGUCCAGACAAAUAAUCUCCCACUGGAAGAAUUGCACACGGCAUGACUGUCCGGUCUGCCUGCCGCUGAAGAACGCCAGUGACAAGCGCACACAGCAGCCCAUGCUGAGUUCCCCCAAUACAAGUCUCCAAAAUUCCAUGUCUACGGUUGGUGUGGGCCAGUCGAGUGCCCCUACCAUUAAUACCUCAACCCCCAUUGACCCCAGCUCCAUGCAGAGAGCUUACGCAGCACUUGGGCUGCCUUAUGGUAGCCAAGCCACUGGGCAGGCCCAGUCCCAGCAGGCCUCAGGUCCAGGGCAGCCUACAGGUGCACAGAAUGUUCAGGCCCAGCUUCCUCAACAGAUGCGAUCCAUCAAUGCGCUUGGUAACCAGAUGGCCCUUACAGGUGCUGCAAUGGGUGUGACGUCCUCAGAACAGUCCAAUCUGCAUACUGAUUCUCUUUCCAACACACUCAACACUAACAAUCAGCUGUUGUCAGAUGGUUCAGGUGUAGGCUCAUUGGGCAACCUACCCACAGCAGCACCCAUCUCCGCCACCGGCACUAGAAAAACCUGGCAUGAGCAUGUCACCCAGGACUUGCGGAAUCACCUGGUACACAAACUAGUGCAAGCCAUAUUUCCUACCCCUGACCCGGCAGCAUUGAAGGACAGACGGAUGGAGAACCUAGUUGCUUAUGCUAGAAAGGUGGAGGGGGACAUGUACGAGUCGGCAAAUAGCCGGGAUGAAUACUAUCACUUCCUUGCGGAAAAAAUAUAUAAAAUCCAAAAGGAACUGGAAGAGAAGCGGCGCUCACGGCUACAGAAACAGAUUAUCAAUCAGGCACCCAUGGCUGCCCAGGGUGCCCAGCAACCAGGUCUCCCACAGCCCAACCCCUUGGGCCCCAGGCCACAGAAUGGACCUAAUCCUCUGCCCAACAUGCCAAAUCAAAUCAUGAACCGCAUGCAGGUUUCACAAGGAAUCAACCAAUUUAAUCACAUGGCUCUGCCCAACGCUCAAAUGUCGCAAACAACGAUGGGGGCUCGCGCUGCCUCUCCAAUGAACCACCCUCAACAAAUGAACAUGAGCUCCGUUCCAGCGGUGGGAAUGUCACCCUCCCGGAUGCCUCAAGCCCAGGGUAUGAUCACUGGUCACAACAGUGGCAACAUGGUGGGCCAGACAGCCAGCCAGGGACAGUUUAUGGCUCAGACUCAGUUCCCUCCUGGAUCUACUGCCGUCUCUGCAACAGGGGCAAUGAAUGUCACAUUGGCAGCUGGGAUGGGUCAGCCACCAGCACAGGCUGCUGUUACUCAGCAGCAACAGCAGCCGAGUGCUAACCUCCCCAUGAAUGCACUUGCUCCCUCGCUGGGCCCUCAGCUAGCCUCUUCCCAAACCCCCUUGCACUCAACUCCUCCUCCUGCGACCUCCUCCGCCUCCACGGCUGGGGCGGGCACUAACCUGCCCCUCCCGCAGUCCUCCAGCCGUAGUGCCACUCCCACCUUGUCUGGCCUUGCGUCUGUCCAAGGUGUCACCCCAUCCUGCCCAACUCAGCCCCAAACACAAGUGGAGAUCCCCUCAUCAGCACAGACGCAGCCCCCGCCUCAGCCCUUGCCUCAGCCCCCCACCACACCGCUGUCUCAACCAGGGCCUAGCCUGGAUAACCGGGUGCCCACGCCGGCCUCAGCUGCUAGUGCGGACCUGCACUCGCAGCAUGUUGCAGCUGACCUGCCUGUCAAGGAGGUCAAAACAGAGCCACACAAUGACAAGCUUGAGUUUGAGGCCGCUGGCGGCAAAAUUGAACCCAAAAUGGAGACUGAUGACGACUCGAGUUCCUCGUUGGUGAAGAAGGAGGAGACGGAGGAAAAGCAAGAGACAAUGGAAGUAGAGGAGAAAAAGAUAGAACUCAAGACAGAGCCUAAAAAAGAGGAAGUGGAAGGAACCAACAGAACGACCUCCUCUUCGCCCCCUCGGAAGAAAGUCUUCAAGCCUGAGGAGUUGCGGCAGGCUUUGAUGCCAACUUUGGAAUUGCUCUACAGGCAGGAUUCCGAGUCAUUGCCCUUCAGACAGCCAGUAGACCCGAUGCUCCUGUGUAUUCCAGACUACUUUGACAUAGUUAAAAAUCCAAUAGAUCUGUCCACAAUCAAACGCAAACUGGACACAGGCCAGUACCAGGAUCCAUGGCAAUACGUUGAUGAUGUCUGGUUGAUGUUCAACAAUGCGUGGCUGUACAACCGCAAGACAUCCCGCGUGUACAAGUGUUGCUCCAAGCUGGCCGAGGUUUUUGAGGCAGAGAUUGACCCCGUCAUGCAAAGUCUGGGUUACUGCUGCGGGAGGAAGUUUGAGUUUUCCCCACAAACCCUCUGUUGUUAUGGGAAACAGCUCUGCACCAUCCCAACUGGAGGCACAUAUUACAGUUACCAGAACAGGUACCAUUUUUGUGAGAAGUGCUUCAAUGAGAUUCAGGGAGAGAGUGUGACAUUAGGGGAUGAUCCUGCACAGCCACAGACGAUGAUAUCAAAAGACCAGUUUGAAAAAAAGAAGAACGAUGUACUGGAACCUGAGCCGUUUGUUGAAUGUAAAGAUUGUGGGCGGAAGAUGCACCAGAUAUGUGUCUUGCACUAUGAGGUUAUUUGGCCAUCUGGAUUCAUCUGUGAUAACUGCCUGAAGAAGAGUGGAAAAACACGGAAGGAUAACAAGUUCUCAGCAAAAAGGUUACAGUCAACACGACUCGGAAUGUAUAUAGAGGAUCGUGUGAAUAAAUUCUUGAAGAGACAGAACCACCCGGAAGCUGGAGAGGUGUUUGUGCGAGUGGUUGCAAGCUCUGACAAAACGGUGGAGGUUAAACAAGGCAUGAAAGCGAGGUUUGUGGAUACGGGUGAGAUGCCAGAGACCUUUCCCUACAGAACCAAAGCACUUUUUGCCUUUGAAGAGAUUGAUGGGGUCGAUGUGUGCUUCUUUGGCAUGCAUGUCCAGGAGUACGGCUCUGAAUGCCCGUUCCCCAACACUAGACGAGUCUACAUAUCAUACCUUGACAGUAUUCACUUCUUCAAACCUCGAGUUUUGAGAACAGCGGUGUACCAUGAGAUCCUAAUCGGCUAUUUGGAAUAUGCCAAGAAACUCGGCUAUGCUCAAGGUCACAUUUGGGCGUGUCCACCAAGUGAGGGAGAUGACUACAUCUUCCACUGUCAUCCUCCCGAGCAGAAGAUUCCCAAACCUAAGAGGCUUCAGGACUGGUAUCGGAAAAUGCUGGACAAGGCCUUUGGAGAAAGAAUCUUGCACGACUACAAGGAUAUUUUCAAACAGGCAACUGAGGACCGACUAACCAGCGCCAAUGAGUUGCCCUAUUUUGAAGGAGACUUCUGGCCCAAUGUUCUGGAAGAAAGUAUCAAGGAGCUUGAGCAGGAGGAGGAGGAGAGAAAAAAAGAGGAGAACACUGCUGCUUCUGAAACGCCAGAGGGUACCCCAAGUGACAGCAAAAAUGCUAAGAAGAAAAACAACAAGAAGACAAAUAAAAACAAAAGCAGCAUGAGUCGAGCUAACAAGAAGAAGCCCGGAAUGCCGAAUGUGGCGAAUGAUUUGUCCCAGAAGCUUUAUGCCACCAUGGAGAAGCACAAAGAGGUGUUCUUUGUAAUCCACCUCCACUCCGGCCCCAUGGUCAACACUUUGCCCCCGAUUAUCGACCCGGACCCCUUGCUCUCCUGUGACCUGAUGGAUGGCCGUGACGCUUUCCUGACUUUGGCCAGGGACAAACAUUGGGAGUUCAGCUCUCUCAGAAGAUGCAAGUGGAGCACCAUGUGUAUGCUCGUUGAGCUGCACAACCAGGGACAAGACCGCUUUGUGUACACUUGCAAUGAAUGCAAGCAUCACGUCGAGACACGGUGGCACUGCACAGUGUGCGAGGACUUCGACCUUUGUAUUAAUUGUUAUAAUGCAAAGGGUCAUGAGCACCAGAUGGUGAAAUGGGGUCUCGGCUUGGAUGAUGACAGCAACAGCCAGAGUGGCGAGGCCUCAAAGAGCCCACAGGAAAGCCGGCGGUUGAGCAUCCAGCGUUGCAUCCAGUCUCUCGUCCACGCUUGUCAGUGCCGCAACGCCAACUGUUCUCUGCCGUCCUGCCAGAAGAUGAAGAGAGUGGUGCAGCACACCAAGUGUUGCAAGCGGAAAACAAAUGGCGGCUGUCCUGUGUGCAAGCAGCUUAUUGCUCUAUGCUGUUACCACGCAAAGAACUGUCAGGAGAAUAAGUGUCCGGUGCCGUUCUGCCUGAAUAUCAAGCACAAGCUUCGCCACCAGCAGCUGCAACACAGACUCCAGCAGGCUCACUUAAUGAAGAGAAGAAUGGCUACCAUGCAAGGCAGAACCAUGCCACUACCGUCCCCGCCGGCGUCAGCUGCUCCAACAACUCCCACUUCCCAUACCCAGCCCAACACACCCCAGACGCCACAGCAGUCGCUGUCCAGUCAGCCUCAGACCCCCAACUCUGCAGGUGUCAUGUCGCCCUCGUUCCCCAGCGCACCUCGAAACGGACAGCCUCAAGCAACUGUGCCCCAGGGUAAGCCAGGGCCCCAAGCCUCCCCUCUGCAUCAGCAACCCUCCCCUGUUCCACAGCCACCUCAGCCGCAACAAAUGCAGCAGCAGCAGCAACAGCAGCCGCCUCCUCUCGCUGCUGUCAAGAUGGCACGCCACAUUGAGUUGAUGGCACAGGCCCAACAGAACCAGCAGAACUAUCUGGUCAACAUGAAUGGCUUGCCCAUGAACCCCCAGCAGCCACAGCAGCGUAUGGCAGGACCGAUGCAAGCACCCAUGCAGAUGGUACCAGGACCUCGGGGACCACAGGUCAUGCAACCCAACAUGGCCCCAGGUCAAUGGCCUGGACCUGCCGGGCCCAUACAGGCUGCACAAACUCAACAGCAAGGCCUUGUUCCAGGCCAGAACCCCCAACAGGCCAUGACCAUGCAGCGAACCAUGAUGGCCCCUGGACAGCAACCUCAAGGCCAGAGGAUGCUCAUUCCACAGCAGCCUGGUGCAAGGCCACAGGCACCACAGAGACCUGGUGCCAUAGCCCCCAAUGCUCUUCAGGAUCUUCUCCGUACCCUCAAGUCUCCCAGCUCACCUCAGCAGCAACAGCAAGUCCUCAACAUCCUCAAAUCAAACCCUCAGCUAAUGGCUGCCUUCAUCAAACAACGAACAGCCAAGUACCACGCCAACCAACCGCAGCAGCCCGGUCAGCAGCCAGGUUUGCCCACAAUGCAGACCAUGGCCAUGCCGGGAGGCACUGUGCAGAGGCCAGGGAUGCCAUCUCAACAGUCUCAGCAGCCUCCUGCUCAGGGUAUAGCAGCGAUGGGGGCUCAAGGGCAGGUGAUGAACGCAGCACAUAACACCAAUCCGCAGAUUCAAGAGCUCUAUCGUCGGCAACUGUUAAGACAGCAGCAGCAGCAGCAGCAGCAGCAGCAGCAACAACAACAACAACAACAGCAGCAGCAACAGCAGCAACCGCAACAGCAACAGGGAGUGAUGCCUCAGGGACACCCUGGCCAGUUCCCUGCCCAGGCUCAGGCCACAGCAGCUACGUACUCGCAGCUCCGCAUGCAACAACAGCAGAUGCAAGCCAUGCAAGGAGGCGCAGGAGCAGCUAGCGGCCCAAUGGGCCAGCUACCAUCAAUGGCUCAGAUGGCUCAGCCGGGCAUGGGAAUGGACCCUGCUCAAAAAAUGCUCCAUCAACGAAUGCUGCAGCAGCAGCAGCAGCAGCAACAGCAGCAGCAGCAGCAGCAGCAGCAACAACAACAGCAGCAGCAACAGCAGCAGCCGCUGCAACAACAACAACAGCAGCAGCCGCAACAACAACAACAGCAGCAGCCGCCGCCGCAGCAGCAGCAACUUCCUCAGCAGCAGGCCGUCCUCAAGCAGCAGAUGGCUUCUCCCGCACAGCCCAGCCCCAUGAGUCCCCAGACCCACCUGCUUGCCGGCCAGACCUCCCUCGCCAACAGUCUCAGCAACCAAGUCCGCUCUCCUGCCCCUGUUCAAUCCCCACGUCCACCCUCGCAGCCACCACCACAUUCCAGUCCUUCGCCGCAGAUCCAGAACCAGCCCCAGCCCUCACCGCAGCACCCGCCUCCAUCCCACUCCAGUUCCCCCCACCAUGGACUUGGGGGCCCACUGUCUGGGUCCAUGGAACAAGGACACCUGGGGACACCAGAACAAAGCGCCAUGCUACCCCAGCUCAAUCCUCCUAACCGAGGGGUACUAAAUAGUGACUUGAGCAUGGUGGGAGAUGCUACAGGAGACACUUUAGAGAAGUUUGUGGAGGGAUUGUAGCAUUUCUGUUGAGAAAUGAAGAACUACCGCGUCUCAGCACCUGAGACCCCUCCUAGAUUCUUCCUAACUUCCCCUCAGACUCUUUAUCUAAGAGGGCUUUGUUUGUUCUUUCUACUAUUGAGAUCUUUUUUGUACCUGUAUAAAAAAACUGUUGUAAAAACAAAAAAGAGAAUUUGGUAGAGGAACAAAAAAAAUAAAAGUCCAACACCCCGUGAAAAUGAACUAUUCCUUAGUUAAGGUUUUUUUCCCCCCUUCCUGAAAAUGUAACGGGGUUUGCAAUUCGCUUCUUAAAAUGCAAUUUAAGUCACAAAGAAUAUAUUUUUUGGUUAAGACCAAAUUUGUUCAAUACGCAAUUUAUUUUUGGUUGGUUCUUGGUGUGAUUUCAUACCAUCCUCAUUUUUUUUUGUAAAUGUACAAUUGCAUUAUAUUAUUCAUAUCUUUUGUACUAUUAGAAAGAAAAAAAAAAUCUUUUGUUUAAGUUGCGGCACCGGGCCAGGUUUUUUGUUCUGUUCUCAAGCUGUCGUUCCUGGCAUUUGUGGUCACGCGUUAAACCAUUGCUCCAAUAUGAUGUGCCGAGGGACUGAGACCUCUCUCUUCUCUGUGUGUAUGAAGAGCACUCAGUUGUAUUAAAAUAGGAAAUGGACUGUGGCAGGUUGUUUACACAGACAUGUAUACAGGUGCACAUGAAGACACCGAUGCAAACCUCACACUCACUAAAAGAAUCAUGCAUCCUACUGGUUUCACAAAUCCCCUAAAACUAAGAUUUACAGCCUCCAUCUCAGAUGCCUGGAAGUUGGAAACUCUUGUUUUGCAGGUGUAGAAAAUCGUUACUUUGACAUUAAAAAAAAAAAGAAAUUGUCAUGCUUUUUUGAUACAAAUAUUGUAAAGCGAAAGAGACCAGUGGCUAUAGGUGUGAGGUGCAGAGAUCAUCCAGCCUUUAAAUUAUACACUAAAGUGCGUUUGAAGAAUGGAGGCACCAUCAAGAUUCUCUUGGGUGUCAUCAAGGCUCAUUCCUCUUACAAAAAACUUGAACGGGUGGGAAGAGUUUGCUUUUUCUCCGAUUGUAAAGCCAAUAUUAAGCAAAAUACUAUAAAUAUAGGAGAGAACGAAAACACUGUACAAACUGGUAAAAGGCUCAUUUCUUACUUCUAUACCAUAUUGUUAAAUAAACUGCAACAGAUGAACUACAGAACUGUUGACUAAAUCAUGA